AUGCCCCAACUAAAACCCCACGAACGCAUUCAAGUCGAUACAAGCGACGAGGAUUCCCAAGACGGCCAAUCCAUCUUCGACAGCCAAUCCCUCAUAGACUCCAACCUCUCUUUCGCUUCCUCCGUCCGCGACUAUUGCUAUGAAAACGGCCGCCGCUACCACGCCUACCGCCAUGGCCAAUACCCAUUCCCAAACGACCAAGAAGAGCAAGACCGCCUUCUUCUCCUCCACCACCUUUUUAAGCUAACACUCGGUGGUGAGCUCUACCGCGCCCCGAUCCAACCCCGCGACGACCGCCCCACUCCACCCCCGCGCCGCAUCCUCGACAUAGGCACCGGAACAGCCGAAUGGGCCUUCGAAAUGGCGGAAGAUUUCCCAAAUGCGGAAAUUAUCGGUACAGACCUCAGUCCCAUCCAGCCGAGCUGGGCGCCGCCGAAUUGCCGCUUCUACAUCGAUGAUGCAGAGAGUGAUUGGACCUUCACGCCCGGGGAAAAGUUUGACUAUAUUCAUAUGCGGAGUAUGGGCGGUGGGAUUGGGGAUUGGCCGAAAUUACUCAAGCAGGCUUAUCAGCAUUUGCGGCCUGGUGGGUGGAUAGAGGUGCAGGAGUUUGAAGCUGCUGUGGCGUCGGACGACGGGACGCAUGCUCUUGCUCCUACAAUGGUUGAAUGGAUAGAGAAGGUAAAUGAUGCGGCGAGGCGGUUUGGGAAACCGAUGAAUAUUGCUUCUCAGGUCCAGUCUUGGAUGGAGAGUGGUGGUUUUGUAAACGUGACGGACGAUAUUUAUAAGUGCCCCGUUGGAGGAUGGGCGAAGGACCGACAGCUUAAGGAGAUCGGUCGCCUUGGAAAAGUCUUGGUUCUAAAAGUGGUGGAGCCAUAUAGUCUUGCACUAUUUACGCGGGUCCUUGGGUUCACUUACCAAGAGGCGCAGAGCUAUCUAGAGAAAGUUCGAGCCGAGAUGAUGAACACAAAGUGUCAUCUUUACUUCUUCUUCCACUUUGUUUAUGGGCAGCGGCCCAUGGAGACAAAUGGUGAGGAUUCGACAUGA